AUGACACUGCACGAUCGUGUCACACAAAACGGUGGUGGUAGCUUCAUCUACACAUCACCGUAUCACAGCCUACAGACAUCUGGCUGUUUUGCCACGAUCGAGACCAGCGCACACGACGGCCAAGACCCGGCAGGCAAUUUCCAGCAACAACUUUCGGCAGCAUUUGCAGAGGCCAAAUCGGCCGGGAUAAGAAACCCCGUGGUUGUAGGAGCGAUCCCCUUUGACACCACACAGCCGUCAGCACUCUUCAUCCCGGAACACGUUCAGUUCUUCUCGCGCAAUGACCACACUCACGACAGCCUCAACCACUCCAGGGCUCCUAUACCACCAGUCACGACGACCGCACAUCUCACACCCAGUAGGCAAGUCUUUGAGGACAUGGUCAGCCAAGGGAUAGCCGCAACUCGCCAGGGAGACGUCGAGAAGGUCGUGCUGUCAAGAAUAGUAGACAUCACGACCAGAGACCCGCUAGACGCUCUCGACCUCUUCCAGCGCCUCGUCGCCCAGAACCCGGCCUCAUACAACUUCCACGUCCCCCUCCCCGACGGAGGCAGCCUCGUCGGAGCGAGCCCGGAGCUCCUCCUCCGCCUGGAGGACAACGGCACCUUCACAUCCCACCCGCUCGCCGGCUCCGCCCGGCGCAGCCCCCACGACGCAAGGGCCGACCGGGCCGCAGGCCAAGCCCUGCUGUCCUCGCGCAAGGACCGCCACGAGCACAGUCUCGUCGUCGACGCCGUCCGCGCGCAGCUCGCCCCGCGCGCGGCCUCCCUCCUCACCGCGCCCAGCGAGCCAGAGCUCGUCGCGACGCCGACCCUGUGGCACCUCGGCACGCGCAUCGCCGGCUCAACAGCGACGGCGGCGGACAACGCGCUGUCGCUGGCCUGCCUCCUGCACCCGACGCCCGCGCUCAGCGGGGCGCCGCACGCCGCGGCCCGCGGGCUGAUCCGCGACCUGGAGCCCUUUGACCGUGGGCUCUUCGGCGGGCUGGUCGGGUGGUGCGAUGCCGAUGGCGGCAACGGCGAGUGGGCCGUGGCGAUCCGCUGCGCGCGGGUGCGCCCCGGAGGUCCCCGCCGCUCCACGGCGCGGCUGUUUGCCGGCGCGGGCAUCGUGCCGGCGUCGGACCCGGCCGCCGAGUGGCGCGAGACUGAGGCCAAGCUGGCGACCAUGCUGGACGCGCUGGGUCUGUCUGGCGCGGUGAGAACGACGAGCGAUGGAGGGGAGCAUGGGAGGGCGAGUCUCUAA